UACCAAUUCAAUUUUGAUAAAUGUGGUCCUAUAGAUACUUGUUAAGGAUACUAAAAUUAAAAAAAAAAAAAAAAACUACUAUUUGUAUCCAUGAAUUUUGAGAACGCUGACAAAAGUACCCAUCAAACAAGAAAAUUAACGUUGUACCCAUAAAAGAUGGGUUCCGUGUGACAAUAGUACCCAAACCGUGAUUUUUCGUUGACUUUUUAAUAAAAUUCCCAAAUUACCCCUUCUAUCUUCUUUCCCAAAUUCCAAAUUUCACAACUCUCAUCUUUCGUCUUCCUCCUUUGCUGCUGCCAGCCACUAGGCAUGAAGACGUUUUCUCCCUCCGACACCUUUUACUGGUACAAGAAUGAAGACGUUUCCUCGUACCGAGGUGGCUUGGAGCUGUGGAACCAUCAUCAUCAUCAUCACCAACCGGAACACAAUCUCAUACCUCAAACAAGGCCUCUCUUCCACCAAAAUUUUUACAGUUCCGCGACUGCUCUAGGAGUGGGUCCAACCACCGUGUCCGACGAUCAGUCACCCUCGAGAUCGGCCUUCCUGGUGACGGCGUCGGCCGUGGGGAGCGGAGCAGGAAGUGGAGCAGAAAGUGGAGCAGGUAAGAUUAGCUGCCAGGACUGUGGGAACCAGGUGAAAAAGGAUUGCCCUCACAUGCGGUGCAGGACAUGCUGCAAGAGUCGUGGCUUCGAUUGCCAAACCCAUGUCAAGAGCACUUCGGUUCCCACUUUCAAGUGCCGCGAGAGGCAGCAGCAACUCGCCUCUAUCCAACAACAACAGCUUCUUGCUGCUGAUGUUCUCAAGCGCCAAAGAGAUCAUGUCUAGUGGCUGGCAGCAGCAGAGGAGGAAGACGGAGGAUGAGGAUUGUGAAAUUUGGAAUUUCGAGAAGAAGAUAGAAGGGGUAAUUUAGAAAUUUUAUUAAAAAAUCAACGAAAAAUUACGGUUUGGGUACUAUUGUCACACGGAAUCCAUCUUUCAUGAGUACAACAUUAGUUUUCUUGUUUGAUAGGUACUUUUGUCAGCAUUCGCAAAAUUCAUUGGUACAAAUGGUAGUUUUUCCAAAAAAUAAAAUAAAUUCUCUUGAUGCGCUUAACGUCAUUAGGAACUUUAAAAUUUUAUUUUCUAUAAAAAAAUUGAUACUUUUUGUUCUUAAACCUUAAUGAAUGUCCCUCCGGCUCUAUCGCUCUACUAAACCCUAAAUCCUAAACCCUAAAUGUAAUCGGUGCUCAAUGAGGAUUCUUUAAUACUUACUAAAUUAAUACAAUCACAUCCAUCACUAAGCAUGCAGACAAUAGUAAUGAUGACUCUUUUUGUUUAGGAGAUAAGAAAAAGAUCUUUACUUCCUCUUUUCUAAAAAUUACUU